AUGGCCAGACCGAAAUUCCUUUUCUUAUUACUAUCUGUCGUUGCCGCCGUGUGGUUAUCCAGAUACUUCAAAAUUGCCCAGUCACUGAAAAUGGUUGCUGUUGAUCAUCCUUAUGCUAAAGAAUUGAAGAUUGCUUCUCUUGCGGUCAAAAGAGCCUCAGUACUCACAAAGGGACUCAGUGAUUCCAUAGUGGAGUUGUCGAAAAGCGGCACACAAAUCAAAAAUGACAAGUCGCCCGUGACAGUCGGUGACUAUGCAUCGCAAGCAUUGAUCAACAAAGCUAUCAAGCUCAAUUUCCCGAAUGAUAACAUAGUUGGAGAGGAGGACUCUCUGUCUUUGAAGGAUGGAACUGAAGAGGCCAAUGCACUCAGUAAGCGUAUCUUGGACCUAUUAAGUGAAACGCAACAAAAAACUGGAAAAUCUUCAGACGCUCUUGGAGAUCUUAAGGAUUUGAAGGAGGUUUACGAGAGCAUUGACUUAGGUAACUAUGAGGGGGGAUCUAAAGGCAGAUUCUGGGCACUCGAUCCAAUUGAUGGUACUAAGGGUUUCUUGAGAGGAGACCAAUUUGCAGUGUGUUUGGCCCUUAUCGAAGACGGAAAGGUUGUUCUCGGUGUCAUUGGUUGCCCCAACUUACCCGAGCACAUCGUGCUGAAUGACAAACAGUCAGGUACCAAAGGAGGCUUGUUCUCUGCUGUUAAGGGUGUGGGAUCUUUUUACACCCCACUUUUCGAGACGGAUGAGUUUGUGCCCUUGAAAAACCAAGAAAAGAUCCAAAUGACCUCAGAGACGUCUUCUGCCACCCUCAAAGUGGUGGAGGGAGUUGAGAAGGGCCAUUCCUCGCAUUCUACUCAAUCUCAGAUUAAACUGAAGUUGGGCUUUAGUGAAGACACAGUUGCUCAACAGACUCUCAAUUUGGACUCUCAAGUCAAGUAUUGCGUUUUAGCCAAGGGUCAGGCGGAUAUCUACUUGCGUUUGCCCGUCAGCGAUACUUACAGGGAGAAAAUAUGGGAUCAUGCAGCUGGUAAUAUCUUGAUUUACGAGAGUGGUGGCCAGGUUGGCGACAUCGGAGGCCAAGCGCUCGACUUUGGUAAAGGUAGACAAUUGGACUCUAAAGGUGUGAUCGCUGCCAACAAGGCAAUUUUCCCGAAGGUGAUCGAAGCUGUGAAAGAAGUCUUGAGCCAGGAUGCUUAA